UGAUUGUGGAAAAUGCAAUUAAAAAUAAUAUGAGAUGAGUUAUCACACAUUGACAAUCUCUACAAUAAUCUAUACAUCUCCCUACACCUUUCCGCUUGUCUUUUGACGGCCAUCUUCCUCAACCCAAAUGAAAGCAGUAAAAAGACCUGGAUAUGAGACGAUAGCUGCAUACGCUAAAUUACAUUUUAAGCAAGAACACUACGCCUAUUAUCUACAAUGCUUGUCUGUCAAUAUAGGAAGAAGAUCUACAACUUCAGAUAUACCAAUUGAUGUUGAUUUGGGUUCAUCAAAGUCAAUUAGCAGACUCCAUGCUUCUAUAAGUUACGAUUUUGAACGUGAGCUUUUUAAUCUCAACGUUGAUUCGAUAAAUGGUCUCUGGGUUGAAGGAUUGUGGUACGGCAAAGGUGCACGUAUUGAAUUAGGUCGAAAGACUAAAAUACAAAUAGCAACUAAAGUAUUCUGGUUUGUUAUGCCGUCUGAGAAGGAUAUUAUACCUGCUUCAACUAAGAACCCAACGUCAACUAAGAAGGCACAGAAAACUGCUACAUCAACGAAACCUAGCGUUAACAACGGUAUACCUGUAUACCCUCAAGUUACUGAGCAUACGAUCAAUAAUCAUAGAAGGCCGAAUGUUGCAUAUACAACCCUUAUCGCUGCAGAGUUGCAAAAUGCAGGAGUUAAACUUACAGUUAAUGAAAUUUGCAUACUAUUAAUGCAAAAAUACGAUUGGUUUGCCAUAAAUAAGGAUUCUGGCUGGCAGACCGCAAUCUUGCUCAAUCUUACAAGUGGGAAUCAAUUUCAUAAAAUGGAGAACCAUUCUAAUCAAUUCCAUACAAAGUGGACACUUACAUCGAUAUUUGAGACAUCAUUAGCGAAUAAGCAAUUAUCACCACGUUCAAUUCAACUCAGUUUGGCUGCCAAUAAAACGCAAUCUAGUAAUAAUAAGAACGAUAUCGCGAAAGCAGCUAAAGCUAUGGCGACGCAAUCAACAGCUUCAAUUAGCUCUCUUAGUCCUGAUAUGAAUGUCAAUAUGAAGGUGCAGAAUUUGAAGCAACCACAAAUGCCAAUAACUAUGAAUAAUCAGGGUACUUUACUACUCCAUCCUGAUAUAUUUGGUAGUGUCAGUAAAGAACAAUUACAAGGAUUGAGUGUUGUUCCAUUCACUAAUGUUUUGACAUUCUUGCACAACACUAUAUCAUCAAAAGCAUUUGAGAGACUGAGCAAUGGUAAGGGUUUAGGUAGUGGUUUUGCUGCUAUACAACAACAACAAUCGAAAUCAUCUACUUCAGCGGCUAGAAUACAAGCUCAGCAAAAAGCAGAAGCAGAGAAAAAGAAGUUAGAAGAGCAACAGCAACAACAGAAUAACCUGAAUAACCUUUUCAAUAUGCUUGCUAAUAGCAAUAAUAACGGACAACACUCAAAUACCAAUAUAGAUAAUUCAGAGGAUGCGGAUUCAUUAGCGUUGAUUGCUAUGUUACAACAACAAAGUAAUACAGGCAAACGAGCUAAUACUAAUGAUGAUUAUCCAAGCCCUAACAAGAAGGCAAAACAAUAGAAGAAUUAUUUAUAAUAUACACGAAUUGCAUAACUUAUCCUCUUGUCA